AGCCUGGGCGGCGGCGGCGGCGAGAGCUGGAGGAGCCGGAGCCCGAGAGCAGGAGCCUGUGGCGCCAUGGAGGGGCUGGGAGAAAAUGGAAGUGUAGUACAAAUUGGGGAAUUGUUACCAUGCAAGAUCUGUGGAAGAACCUUCUUUCCAGUUGCCUUAAAGAAGCAUGGGCCAAUUUGUCAGAAAACUGCCACUAAAAAACGGAAGGCCUUUGAUUCAAGCAGGCAAAGGGCUGAAGGAACUGAUAUUCCAACAGUAAAACCACUUAAACCUCGGCCAGAACCUCCAAAGAAACAGUCUAACUGGAGAAGAAAACAUGAAGAAUUCAUUGCCACCAUAAGGGCAGCUAAAGGACUUGAUCAGGCACUUAAAGAGGGUGGCAAACUUCCACCACCACCUCCACCUUCUUAUGAUCCUGAUUACAUUCAGUGUCCAUAUUGCCAGAGGAGAUUCAAUGAAAAUGCAGCUGACAGACAUAUUAAUUUCUGUAAGGAACAAGCUGCUCGUAUUAGUAACAAAGGCAAAUUUUCUACUGAUACUAAAGGAAAAUCAACUUCUCGAGCACAGUACAAGCCUCCUGCCCUUAAAAAGACAAAUUCUCCAGGAACAAUGCCUUCAGCAUCCUCACGUUUACCACAACCAAGUAGUGUUAGCAAGUCUGUUGUAGCUGCACCUUCAAGUAAAGGGUCUUCUGUCAGUAGCUCUUUGGGAAGCAAAGUUCAAAACUUAUCUCCGUCUCAUAAAGGGAUAGCAGCUCCACAUGCAGGUAGUAAGAUGGACAAAUUAGGCCCACCACUUCGAACUGGAAGAGAUGUGCAAAGGUUGUAUGAAAGCGAUACAAAAUCAGACAGUGCCAUCAAAAGAAAUAAGUUAUUACCCAUUAACAAAGGUAGCACGAAAGCACGGUCUUCAACACCACCUAGUUUGGCAAAAAAUUCCAUACCAGGAGUAUUAACAAACAAGAGAAAAACCUAUAAUGCUGAAAGUUAUGCAAACAGGUCAGAUGUAGAUUAUUCAUCUGUCAACGGAGCAGGCUUUAAAGGCAAUGAAGGAAAUUCAUCUGGACAGUUACCAAAAUUCUGCCAUGAAUGUGGAACCAGAUAUCCAGUGGAAUGGGCAAAAUUCUGCUGUGAAUGUGGCAUUCGUAGGAUGGUUCUAUGAACAUGUACCAAAAAGUAAAAAAAAAAAGAUCUAAGCCCAGAGUUCUGUAGAGUUUCUGCUUCAUGAAAACUUAGAGCACUUCCUCUAGUCAUUUCAUGCUACACAUAUGCAAACAUAGUAAUUUUUUGAGUGCAAUCCUUUUUGGCUGCAUAAUUUAUAUAUACACAACGUACACAUUCUGUGUAAAUAAACUUCAGGUACUCACGAAUGUGUCAUUUAGGAAAAUAUUCUUUUAGUUGUCAAUAUAUUUUCAAGUGGGCAUAUGUUAAUUUAUGGAUAGUAACUUUUGUUUUGUUUUUAAAAGCACAAUAUGCCAAUACAAUCUAAAGUUACUUCCUUGAAAUUUUGAGAGUGUGUUCUGUGCUUUCAGAAGAUAAUCAAAGAACACAUUAUUUUAAUGUAGAUACUAUCUUUGCAAGGUCAUAAUAUAGGUUUAGAGCUAGCAGGAACUUUAAUGGCCAUCUAGUUCAACUCUCUUAUUUUACAUGAGGAAAAUCAAGGCCCAGGAAUGUUGUGACUUGCCUGAGGAAAUAUCAAGUGUAGUAGAUGUUUUUCCUGUGAUUUUGUACUUGAAGAGAAUAUCUUUGGCUAAAGUCUUAUCAGAUCAUAUUCCCUUUUUGCCAUUGCAAUUAAUUUAAUAAAAUUUAUUAAAAUAGACACUUAUAAACCUGUUA